AUGCUUGCAGAUUUAUUCCAGUGCCUGAAAGGCACAUUGGGGACUUACCCAGUCACAAAGGCCGCUUUCGCUCUCAUACUCGUCGUAGGCCUUGCAUCAAUCGUUAUCUCACAGAAUGGCAGCACAAGUAGGACGCGUAGGAAGCUACGACACCUGCGGAAACUAGGUGUGUCAACGAGUAACAUGACGGACCAAUUCGACCUUAAGUAUGCCGCGCCAGAAGACACCGAAACACAUGGGCCAGUACGCAUCAAGUCCCUAUACAUCCAUCCCGUCAAGUCGUGCGGCUACGUCGAGGUCAGCCGUGCCCUUCUCACCAAGACCGGCUUCCUAUACGACAGAUGCUUCGCCCUGUCUUCCGAGGUCGCCGACUCUGACACGGGUUCGAUAGUGUGGAGGUUCAUCAGCCAGCGGACCAAGCCGAACAUGUGCCACAUCAAGACGGAAUUGUGGCUCCCACACGAGAAGAGUGAUCCAUCGGACCCCCUGGUCCAAGCCGGAGGAUGCGAGGUCCUGUCGUUCAAAGACCCGGACGCCCCCACGUGGACUCAACGACUAGAAACGUUGUUGACUACAUGGGACCUCUCCGCGGCGCCAGAGGUGCUCCUCAUCGCCCCGCUUGAGCCGAAGCAAGCCCAACUAGACGCCGCCGGAAUCAAACUCAGAAGCUUCCGCAUCCACGGCCGCGAGGCGGGCGGUCUGGACCUGGGCGCCAUCCCUUCAGUCGCGGCAGCGCUGCCGAAACUCAAGCGGUACCUCCGCAUCCCGGAGAAACGCGGCCUGACCCUCAUGCGGUGCACCCCGGACACCCUGACCCGCUGCGACAGGAACCUGGCGCCGCUCAAGAACAUCGGGACCCCCUCCGUGCACGGUUACACGGACCAGCAGCCUGUCAACCUCAAUUCCUUGUCCUCCGUGCACGCCGUGUCGGCCCUCUUGCCGCCGGAGAAUCGGCCCCUGAACGCCCUCCGAUUCCGCGCCAACAUCUGGAUCACGGGGGCCCCGGCGUUUGCCGAGGAGAGCUGGAAGCGCUACCGCAUCCGUCCGAGGGUUUCCGGUGCUGCGGGGGAGAGAGCCGAGGUCGCGCCCAAGCUGUCCGUCGUCUGUCGUACUUCGCGGUGCACCAUGCCCAACGUCAACCUCGAGACUGCCACUUUUGACGCGGACAUGCCCGUGGGGGACAAGAAGAAGGGCAAGCCACAGCCUAGUGCGACGUUGAUUGAGCACAGGACCGUUGAGGACGGAAACCCAUCUGCGCUGGGGUACAUUGGCAUGCACUGCGUCCCGGAGGAUCAGGAUCUGGAGGAGGCGAGGGAGCAGAGGGCGGGGCUGUAUGUGGAAGUCGGCGACGAGAUCGAGGUGUUGGAGACGGGGGUUCAUCUAUAUGGAUCGACGGGGAAUGACUACUGA